GACGCUUGCAUUGGGACAAGGUGGAAAAGUCAAGAAGGCAGCAACGCGACUGAUCAACCUUUCACAUCUUUGUACUUCCACAACGAACUAUCACUGGACCCGUUUCUUUGUUGUUCCCACACCGGUACGUAGCAGAAAAGGAUCACCAGAUCAAGAUGAGAGUCAAUUCAAUUAAAGUUAAAUCAGAGCGAUGAAAUUCAACCAUAUAACAACGAUGUGUGGAGCAGCAUUGAUAACGAAGGAAGCGUGGUCGUCACUGUGUAGAUCGGGACAUCCACCAGUUGUCAUCCGAUAGAGUCAACGCUACAAAGUCUAGGUGUGUUUUGGGUUGAACUGUUGGAAGAUUGUGAGUCAUCCUAUAACGGAGUAGAGUUAUCGAGUCAGUAAGCAGGAGAAAACUGUAUGUUUUUAUGAUCUCAUCUCACUCCGAGUAAAACCAACCAAACCAUGGAAACCAACGAAACGUAUUUUCCGUACUAUGGCCCCGAUCGGAAUUCAUGUUUGGUGUUGAACAAAACCAAAAUUCUCCUGAAUCUUUACGAAGGCAUCCCGGAAACCCUGCUACUGAACGUCAUUGCGUGGGCCUUUCUAAUAUUGCUUUUUACACUUUUGCGUCAGCAAGCAUGGGACUAUGGGCGCCUGGCGCUGGUCAACAGCCACGGGGAGAAUAAACGAUGGACCCAGGUGUUCUAUGCCCAUGGAAACAUUAGUGGUCCCGGCGGGAUGGAAGCAAGCAAUCCCAGCAUAAACAUCGAUCGAGGAUUCUUCUCUUGGAUCAUAGCCACCUGGAGGCUAACCCGAGAGCAAAUUCUCACCCAUAGUGGACCGGACGCGGUGCAUUAUUUGUCCUUUCAGCGACAUCUGAUGACAGUGAUGGCAAUCAUCACUUUCAUCUCUAUAACGAUCAUUCUGCCGAUCAACUUCUCCGGAACGCUCAGUGGAGAUAAGAACUCGUUCGGCCACACGACCAUUUCCAAUCUGGAUCCCAAUUCAGGUUCAAUGUGGGCCCACGUUCUGUUUGCGAUCGCAUACGUUCCUAUGGUGGUCCUGAUUAUGAGAAGAGCAUCCGGCCGCAAUGCCUUCAAAACGGCCCCAACCAGGACGCUGAUGGUGAUGAACAUAGCACCGGCUGAUUGUGAAAAACGCGAUAUCAAAACGUACCUGGAGCAGCUUUUUCCGGAAGUAAAGAUUGAUGAUAUUCAACUGGCUUACAAUAUCAGUAGUUUGAUCAAGGCAGCCGAAGAGUACGAAAGAAUAGCGGACGCAAGAAUCUACUGUGAGGUGCACCGGAAUCGGGAUCGAGAACCAAUAGAGGCCAGAACUUCCUGUUGUACCUGCAAAACUGUGGAUGCACUGGAAUACUACAAGGAAGAGGAAGCUCGACUGGCGGGUCAAGUUUCUCGACUAAGAGCUUCGGCUUUGAACGAACCACUAGGAAUCGCUUUUGUCACGUUGAAUUCGGCUCAAGAAGCGCAACACGUUAUUCUUCACUUCAAACCGGGAACCUAUCACAACUGGGAUCUGGCGUACGCUCCAGCCCCGUCAGACAUUUUUUGGGAGAACUUAAACAUCGAUACCGCCCAAUGGUAUUUCAAAUGGAUCGCCGUAAAUCUGGUGCUUUUCCUGUUUCUGUUUUUCCUGACAACUCCAGUGAUUAUUGUAAACCAACUGGACACACUUUCAUUGACUAAGAACACGACGUCUCAAAUCAGUAAGAUCAGUCCACUGGUGUCGGAAUUUCUGCCCACGUUACUGCUGUGGUCCAUGUCUGCGCUGAUGCCCGUAAUUGUGGCCUAUUCCGACACGUGGCUUUCGCAUUGGACCCGAUCCAGGCAAAAUUAUGUGAUCAUGACUAAAACGUUCGGAUACCUGUUGUUCAUGAUCCUGAUCCUGCCCUCUCUCGGUCUAACCAGCGCCGAAGCGUUUCUUCAGUGGACCAUCCACUACAACGAAACCUACAGAUGGGAGUGCAUCUUCUUGCCAGACAAAGGUGCGUUUUUCGUUAACUAUAUUAUAACUGCGGCGUUUAUCGGUACUGCUCUGGAGUUGAUUCGAUUCCCGGAUUUGAUAUGCUACAUCUGGAAACUGGCAACGGCUAAGUCCCGUGCUGAAACACCGUAUAUCAGGAAGUCUAUUCUCAUCACUUUCCCGUUCGGGAUUCACUACGCCUGGAUGGUGAUGGUUUUCACAAUGAGCACCGUCUACAGCCUGGCAUGUCCACUGAUCAUGCCUUUCGCCAUGGUCUACAUCUUGCUGAAACACUUCGUAGACAAACAUAAUCUGUUUUUCGCAUUCGCACCUUCGAAUAUGAUCAGUCAGGGUAGUGGUGGGAAAAUCCACAGCACUGCGGUUACAAUGACGAAGGUUUCCGUGGUGCUGCUGCUGUCGAUAAUGGCAGCGUUGGCGUGGGUUCGAUCAGGUGCCCUAGAAAUGCGAGCACUGAUUUUGGUGCUGGCUCUGUGUGUAACAUUGGUCAUGUUCACGUUCAUGUCCCCGAUCAAAAAGUGCACCACCAAGCCGUUGAGUAUCGUAGAGACGGAGGGACCCGCCCCAGUCUACGUAGCUGAUGUACUGAUUAACCGAAGGAUGGUAUCCGACAGCCCGUCACAUCUAAGUUACGGCUCCGAUACGACGAUGGAUAUAGUGAUGAACGAUGCCGGCAGGAGUGUGACGGCUUAGAAAGGUAGACCCCAGCUUAGUAUACUCAACAAACGUUUGCUGCAACUAAUUUACGGCUUGACCCAGUCAGUGCUUUCUAUCGUUCGUCCAUUGCUUGGACAUCGCUUCGUCGAAUACUUUGUGAUUCUGUUAGAAAUUGUAUUUUACGAGAAGUAACAUAUUUUAUUUAGUAUUAAUCGUAAAUUAUUUGUAAUAUUUUUAUCACUAUGUAUACUGUUUGUUUCUGAACGUUUGAUUAAACUGAUGAUAAGCAGGAGUGAGACGCUUCACCAAAAAAUCGUUCUUGUUUUCAAGAAACCGCGUUAUAAAGUUCAGUUGGUCCUUAUCAAUCGCAGUAUUUAGAGACCAGAAGCCCUACAGAGAGCUAGUGAUAUUGUCCGUAUCUUUUCUAUUCAAAAUAGUGAAUUUAAAUCACAAAUAACAUAGUCUGGAAAAUAAUCUUUCUAGAAUCUAGCGGAUUGGUGAAAUACACCGCCUUAGCAGCGUAAUAUGAUUAGUAUCAUCCGGUUAGAGUUCUUGAAAUUUUGUAUAAACCAAUUUGCUGGUAAAACAAACGAGACAUUAUAGCUAAUAAUGAAGAGAAUAAUGAAAUUAAAAAGCGACAAUUCGUAAAGGCUAAAAAUUUACUAACACAAUGAACUGCACUUACUAAUCCGUAAAAGACACGAAAGCAAACAUUCACAAACAAUUAAACACUUGAACCAAGGGACUGUGAAAUUUACAGAAUUAUGUUGGAAAUAAUAAUAGUAAAUAAAUAUAUAUUUUUGGGUGAACAACACU